AUGAACGUCACCAGUGUUACCUCUGAAGACGGUGUUAAAGAAUACGAAAAAAUUGUCGUGGAACCGGAAGAAGUAGAAUAUGUUGAGAUCGCUACUGAUGCUAAAGUAGUCGACUUGACACGUCAUCGAUUGAAGGAAAUCGGAGACUACUCCUGGCUCACCCAUGUUGAGCAGUUCUCUCUUCGUUGGAAUUUGCUCAAGAAGAUUGAGAAUCUGGAUUGUUUGACGACAUUGACCCAUCUCGAAUUCUAUGACAAUCAAAUUGAGAAAGUCGAGAAUUUGGAUGCUCUUGUCAACUUGGAAAUUCUGGAUUUGUCGUUCAAUCGAAUCUUGAAAAUCGAGAAUCUCGAGAAGCUGACAAAACUGAAGACGCUCUAUUUUGUUCAUAACAAGAUCUCAAAAAUCGAGGGAUUGGAGACGUUGACGGAGUUGGAGUAUCUCGAGUUGGGUGAUAAUCGAAUCGCCAAAAUUGAGAAUUUGGAGAAUAAUCUGAAAUUGGAUCGACUUUUCCUUGGCGCCAACCAGAUUAAAAUCAUUGAAAAUGUGGAUCAUCUGAAGAAUUUAACAGUGCUCAGUCUUCCAGCCAACGCGAUUACUGUAGUUGAUAAUAUUGCUGGUCUGACCAACUUGAAAGAAAUCUAUCUGGCUCAAAAUGGAAUCAAGUAUGUCUGUGGAAUCGACGAACAUCUUCCACUAGAAAUCCUUGACUUUAAUCAAAAUCGUCUGGAAAAAGUGGAGAAUAUUCAUCAGUUGACCACUCUUACUGACUUCUGGGCCAGAGGAAAUCAGCUCUCCGAUUGGAGCAUUCUUGAUGAACUCGUUCGACUUCCUCACCUCAAUUGCGUCUAUCUGGAUAACAAUCCGUUCUCCCAGGCGGAUACUUAUCGUGGAAAAGUUCUCCGCUUCCUUCCCCAAAUUGAUCGUCUGGAUGGAACUCAAUGUCGUGAGAAGUCUAUGCUCCGCCCUCCGAAAACUGAGAAGCAAACCACUGAUUUGGCUGAUGUCGAAUUCGAGAAAUCCAGUGGUGGAGAACAAGAGCCAGUCGAAUCAACUUGA